AUGCUGCAGCUUUCAAUCCAACGAGCAGCAAGAAACAUGAGGAGCUUGAAUCCUCGGAUAUUUGGGAUCGCGUAUUCUCAAUUUUCAACCGCUGCGGAACAAUCUUGGAGGCAUGGGAGCUCCCUGAGGGUUCCUAAUCUAAUCGGUGGUAGCUUUGUAGAUUCACACUCGUCUGAUUCCAUUGAUGUGAUAAAUCCGGCAACACAAGAGGUAGUUUCACAAGUCCCCCUGACGACAAAGGAGGAGUUCCAAUCUGCUGUUUCCGCUGCUAAAGAGGCAUUUCCAGCCUGGAGAAACGCGCCAAUCACAACACGACAGCGCAUCAUGUUUAAGCUCCAAGAGCUUAUUCGUAAGAAUAUGGACAAACUCGCGUUGAAUAUUACCACGGAACAAGGGAAAACAUUGAAGGACGCUCAAGGAGAUGUGUUCCGAGGCCUGGAGGUGGUUGAACAUGCAUGUGGCAUGGCAUCACUACAAAUGGGAGAGUAUGUGACGAACGUAUCGAAUGGAAUUGAUACCUAUAGCAUUAGAGAGCCACUUGGUGUUUGUGCUGGGAUUUGCCCAUUUAACUUCCCUGCUAUGAUUCCCUUAUGGAUGUUUCCUGUUGCAGUCACUUGCGGAAACACAUUUGUUUUGAAACCGUCUGAAAAAGAUCCAGGGGCCUCAAUGAUUCUUGCCGAGUUGGCUAUGGAGGCCGGUUUGCCCAAAGGAGUCCUAAAUAUUGUCCACGGUACCAAUGACACCGUUAAUGCUAUAUGUGAUGAUGACGAUAUUAAAGCCGUAUCAUUUGUUGGUUCAAAUACAGCUGGCAUGCAUAUUUACACAAGGGCAUCUGCCACCGGAAAGCGUGUUCAGUCCAAUAUGGGAGCAAAGAACCAUGGAAUUGUGAUGCCUGAUGCAAAUGUGGAUGCGACUUUGAAUGCUUUGGUUGCGGCUGGUUUUGGAGCCGCUGGUCAAAGGUGUAUGGCGCUUAGCACAGUUGUAUUUGUUGGGGACUCAAAAUUGUGGGAAGAAAAGUUAGUCGAGCGCGCUAAAGCACUAAAGGUAAGUGCUGGAACAGAUCCAGAGGCAGACCUUGGUCCAGUCAUUAGUAAGCAGGCAAAGGAAAGGGUGUGCAAAUUGGUCCAAAGCGGGGUAGAUAGUGGAGCCAGGCUAUUGCUCGAUGGAAGAAAUAUUAAGGUUCCGGGAUAUGAACAGGGCAACUUUGUGGGUCCCACCAUCGUAGCUGAUGUCACAGAUGACAUGGAAUGCUAUAAGGAGGAGAUAUUUGGCCCUGUCCUCGUUUGCAUGCAGGCGGAAAGUUUAGAUGAGGCCAUAAAAAUAGUCAACAGAAACAAGUAUGGUAAUGGUGCAGCUAUUUUUACGUCAUCAGGAAUUUCUGCACGAAAAUUCCAAACUGAAAUAGAAGCAGGCCAGGUUGGUAUUAAUGUCCCUAUUCCAGUACCAUUGCCUUUCUUCUCGUUCACUGGCUCCAAGGCUUCUUUUGCCGGGGAUCUCAAUUUCUACGGCAAGGCCGGAGUUCAGUUCUACACACAGAUAAAGACAGUGACUCAACAAUGGAAGGAUUUGCCAAGUGGUUCUGGAGUUUCUCUAGCUAUGCCAACUUCCCAGAAGUCUUGA